AUGUUCUUAUAGGUAUCUGUGUACAAAAUUAAAUAUAGGGUGUAAAAUAUGUUUGCAAUAACUAACAGUGACAGUCAGACAUUUUUUUAUUUUAAAAAUGUCACUGUUAGUGAAAUGUGUCUUUGUCACUGUCGCAUGUGCUCAUCAUGCAUGCGUUGCGUCAUGUCAUAAACUUAUAGGAUUUGAUUUGAUAAAGUUUAUGUUUGUUUGCUCAAUAUAAAUUAAAUAUAAGUAAAAUGGUUAUUUUAUACAAUUUUCAAGAAAUAUAUGAAGUGUGUUCUAAGACUCAGGUAUUAAAUUUGCCGAAACUAAAAGAAAAUUUACCCGAAAUACGGUAUGAAGAUGAUGUGGUCUUUUGUACAGACUACAGUAUACCUUCACUGCAUCUGCCAUUCGCAGACACAGGUAUUUAUAAUUUCCCUAUAUGUGAGAGCAAACAAUUGACGGCAGAAGAUGGAGACUGCAAAGUGGUGUAUGAAGUCACUUUUGAUAUCAAGAACAGCAGUUUUAACUUCAAACCAGGAGAUACUAUAGGUAUAAUUCCUCAUAAUGAUACAGAUAGUGUCAAUUACAUAUUGGAACAUUUGGACCUGACUUCUAAAUCAGAUUCACAGUACCACCUGAGCUGGGGAACUUCUCAGAAUGUGAAAUUACCACCACAUUUGCCUGUCAAAUCUUCUCUCAAAGUUGUUUUGACAAGAUUUCUGGAUUUAAGAAGUGUUUUAAAGAAAUUAUUUCUACUAUCAUUAUCAAGGCACACAAAGGACGAGAGAGAAAGAAAAGUUUUGGAAUACCUCUGCAGCAGAGAAGGUUCAGCUGCUUACAACACACACAUUAUGAACAAACAUUUCUGCAUACUGGAUUUAUUUACACAUUUCAAAUCCUGUAAGCCUCCUAUAGAAAUCCUACUGAUGAAUCUUCCUAGACUAUUGCCACGGCCAUAUUCUGUUUUAAAUAGUAAUUUGAAAAAUCCCGACAUACUGAAGAUAUGUUUUUCUGUUGUAGAACUAGAAAAUAACAGAAAAGGGCUAACAACAGGCUGGCUGGAAAACCUUUCCAGAGAAUCCACUAUUGAACGUAAACUGGAGAAAUUAAGCCUUAAAGAAUGUAAUGGAGUACCUAUUUAUUUAAGGAAGAAUAUAACAGGCUUCUCUAUGCCUGAAGUUGUUGAAACUCCUCUAAUUUUAAUAGGUCCAGGUACAGGAAUUGCACCGUUUAUUGGGUUUUUAGAAGAAAGGCAAUAUUUGAAAGAAACUAAGGAUAUUCAGUUGGGAAAGACAUGGCUGUUUUUUGGAUGUAGAAAUCCGAAAUUAGAUUUUAUCUAUGAAAAAGAAUUGAAGGAAUAUUUAGAUAAAGGAAUAUUACAUAAAUUGAGCACAGCAUUUUCUAGGGUGGAGGAGAAUAAUGGGGUAAAAUAUGUGCAGGAUGCAAUACUACAAAACGCCGAGGAUGUGGCUAAAUGGAUAAAAGAAGGCGCUUCUAUUUUCGUCUGUGGCGAUGUGAAGAAAGUAGCGCCACAAGUGAAAAGCGCGAUACAAAAUUGUUUGAUAAAAAAUGGAGACACAGAACAAGAAGCAACUGAUUUGUUAUCAGACAUGGUUGCGAAAAAGAAAUAUCUAGUCGAUAUUUGGAGUUAGUGUUGCUAUUUUGAACAAUACUUAAGUUAUUACUGGUAUAGCAGCAUAUUAUGUUGUUAUUUUUACAUAAUAAUUUAAUAAAACUUUCUGGUCCGUG